CUGCGCCAAAUUGAUACUGACUGAUCAUGCCGCAUUCACAACGUUUGACAUUUGGGCACAUGUCAUAGCACUUCGUUGUAGUCUUCAUCCCUUUCCAUUCUGACGAGAGAAUACACGCCCAGUGGUAGAUCGAGCGCAUUUGCGCGGUCUCCGCUGAAGUACUUCUGGUACCAUGCCCGCCAAGUCGCGAUUCACGCGGCUCGACGCCUUCACAAAGACAGUCGAAGAUGCUCGCAUACGAACAACGUCCGGAGGCAUUGUCACCAUAGCCUCGAUCGUUAUCAUAAUAUACCUCGUCCUGGCAGAAUGGGCGGACUACAGAAAAAUACUGGUGCAGCCAGAGUUGAUUGUGGAUAAAGGGAGAGGAGAGAAAAUGGAAAUCCACCUCAACAUCACAUUCCCCCGAAUACCCUGCGAAUUACUCACUCUCGAUGUCAUGGAUGUGUCAGGAGAACAACAGACCGGCGUUGUGCACGGUGUGAACAAAGUGAGACUAUCGCCGCAAAGAGAAGGGUCGCAGAUCAUCGACACACAAGCACUCGUCCUGCACCAACAAGACACAGCGUCCCAUCUUGACCCUGACUACUGUGGAUCGUGCUACUCAGCACCUGCGCCUCCGGACGCGAAGAAACCUGGGUGCUGCAAUACUUGCGAUGAAGUACGGGAAGCAUACGCCACGAACAGUUGGGCGUUUGGGCGAGGCGAGGGAGUCGAACAGUGCGAGCGUGAAGGCUACGGCGAACGACUAGACGAACAGAGGCAGGAAGGCUGCAGGAUCGAGGGGGUCAUCCGCGUCAACAAGGUGGUGGGCAACUUCCACAUCGCUCCGGGACGCAGUUUCAGCAAUGGAAACAUGCAUGUGCACGACCUGAACAACUAUUUCGACACCCCGGUCGAGGGAGGACAUACAUUCACGCACGAGAUACACUCGUUGCGCUUUGGACCGCAGUUGCCCGACGAGACGGCUGCGAAGUGGAGCGAUCACCACCAUUCGAAUCCGCUGGACGGGCAGAGACAAGACACGGAAGAGCCGGCGUACAAUUUCAUGUACUUCAUCAAGGUGGUCUCGACGUCGUACCUGCCGCUUGGCUGGGACGAGGAUCGCAGUAUGAAGCAGCAUUCGAGCCUGAGUGAUUUGAUUCCGCUGGGCAUGCAGGGCCGCGGGGCGGGAAAUCAGGGCAGCAUCGAGACGCACCAAUACUCCGUCACGAGCCACAAGAGGUCGUUGAGCGGAGGGUCAGAUGCGGCGGAGGGGCAUAAGGAGCGGUUGCACGCUCAUGGUGGAAUACCGGGGGUGUUCUUCUCAUAUGAUAUCAGUCCGAUGAAGGUGAUCAAUCGGGAGGCCAGGCCGAAGACUUUUGCCAACUUUUUGACGGGGGUGUGCGCCGUGAUUGGCGGCACGUUGACCGUCGCAGCGGCGAUCGAUAGAGGGUUGUAUGAGGGGAGUUCGAGGCUGAAGAAAAUUCACCAAGGAUAAUGGAAAAGCAACUUGGACAAGCAGACGGCUUGCGGCCCGUGACGAUUGUCCAUGGAGCAAAGUAUUUGGUUGAAUGGACUCGCAUGAAGCAUCUAGCAUGGGGGUUUUGCUUGGUUAGCAUAUGGGAGAUAAAUCUGGUAUGCCUGCAAUGAAAAUGAAAGGAUCAUUGCCUCCAAGAUUAAUCCCUUAAUGCUCGAGAAAACCGGAUCGAGGCUAUCGUCCGUAUUACUAGUACCUAGAUGCUGUAUGUAUUGUCAGCCGUUUGCCAUGAGCCUGGACAAGGCAGAACAAAGUAGGGGAAACGAAGGGAAGUAAG